AUGGUCGGCGGCAGGAGGCUCUCGGAGCUGCUCCGGGAGCAGCAGGAGCCGUUCCUCCUCCUUCACGGAGAGCCCUGCUGCUCCUCCGUCCAAGACAGGGGCGCCAGGGCUUCUUGGCGUAGGGCCAUGAGGAGGGCGCUGCCGCGGUGGCGCUGGGCCGGCCUUGCCGCCGGAUGCUUCCCCUGCACCGCCCGCCGCAAGCGCGAGAGCUUCCGCCCUCUGCCGCGCGCGGGCCACGCGUGCUGCAACGACGAUGCUGUGGCUACGGAAUCCGACGGCGGCGACGGCGCGAGGCGGCUCAGCCCGGUGUCCGUCCUGGACGUGCUGCGCUGCUCCGACGAGGAGGAGGAGGCGUCGUCGUCGCCCACGCUUAGCCACUCAGGGGAGGAGGAAGACAACGACGAGAAGCCAUCGUGGACGCCAGCUGGGAGCUCGCCGCCACCACCCGACCCGCUCACCGACGAGAAGGAGGAGUGGAGGAAGGUGGUUUCGUCGUGGGAGCGGAUCGCGGGGGACAUCGCAAGGGUCCCGGCGCUUGCGGAGCUGGACCUUUCAAGCUCCAUGUCGGCGAGGGAGUGGGAGUGGCACGGGGAGUCGGAGGCAGAGCGGGUGGGCGCGAGCGUGGAGGCCAUCAUCUUCGAGGAGAUGAGCGCGGAGGCCGUGCGCGACAUGGUCGAUCGAGCUAUAGCGAGUCGGAGCGCUCCUAGUCCAAGCUAG